AUGGAAGUUGAUAAUAAGGUUCAAAGAAAGGAAAUAUUAAUCCAAUUUGUUAAUCAUGAGAAUAAAGCCACAGGGCCUGUUAUUAAUGUACCAUUAAGUAUAACAAAAGAUAAUUUAGAUGAAUUAAUAAAUGAUCUAAAAAAAAAAAAUGAUGGUUUCGUUGAAGAAGAUUCAGAAGAUAUUAAUUACUCUUUUAUGAUAAAUGAUAAGUUACCAAUAAAAAAUAGUUUAUACGAUGCUAUAAAAGAUAAUAAUAUAAGUAGUGAAAAUAUAUUAUCAAUAAAAUAUUUCCCAUUAAAUAUUUUUAAAGUUAAAAAAAUAAAUACUUGUAGCGCAACUUUACCGGGUCAUACAAAUUCUAUUCUUUGUUUGGCUUUUAGUCCAAAUAGUUCUCACUUAGCUACAGGAUCAGGUGAUAAUACAGUUCGUUUAUGGGAUAUAAAUACACAAACGCCAAUUGCGACAUUAAAAGAUCAUAAAAAUUGGGUUUUAGUUGUUUUAUUUUCUCCUGAUAAUAAAUUUUUAGCCACAGCGGGAAUGGACCAAACUAUUUGUAUAUAUGAUACGCACACAGGGAAAUUAUUAAAUAUAUUAACAGGCCACAAAAAAGAAGUAACAACUUUAUGCUUUGAACCUCUCCACUUAUUGAAGGAGAGUGAUAUUAAAAAAAAAAGUAUUGAUGCAAAAAAAAGAAAGAAAAUAAGUGAAAUAAAAGAAGAGAAUAAAGAUAAUAACAAAAGUAAAAACAAAAAAAAUAAAACGAAUAAAGAAAUUGAAAAUAGAAAAGUACUUGUUAACAGUAAUAACAAUGGACAUGUUGAUGAAGUUAUUAAUGAGGGAAAGGAAAAAAAUGAAGAAGCUAUAAAGAAAGAGAAGAAAGAAAAAAUAUAUAAUGAUAAAAAGGAUUCAUCUAAUAGUUACAAUCAAAAGGAUGCAUUUUUUGUAAAAAGUAGGCUAGCAAGUGCAGGAAAAGAUGGAAGCAUAAGAAUUAAUAAUAUACUGAAUAAUAAUGUUGACAUAAUAUUAACAGGACAUACAGAUACUAUAACAUGCAUAUUAUGGUCAGGUAAAAAUGAGAAAAAUAGCAGAAUUUAUAGUAGUUCCAGGGACAGAACUAUUAAAAUAUGGAAUGUGAAUGAAGGUACCUUGCUUUAUGAUUUUAAAGGUCACAGUCACUGGGUAAAUUGCAUAUCUUUAAAUUCAGAAAGAAUAUUAAAAAAUGGAAUUUAUAAUUUAGAUGUUAUAAUAAACAAAAUACAUAUUGAAAAUCAUAUUGAAAAGUCAAAAAUUAUAUUUAACAAAUUCUUUAAAAAUCAGAGUAAUGAAAAGUUGGUAAGUGGAUCUGAUGAUGGGACAUUAUAUUUAAUUGAUUGUUUAAAAAAUGGUCAGUAUAAAACUACAAGAUUAGUAGGUCAUCAAAAGCCGGUUAUUCAUGUGCAAUUUUCACCUGAUGGAAAAUUAAUUGCAUCUUCUUCUUUUGAUAAAAGUGUUAGAAUAUGGUCAAGUACAAAUGGCCAGUUUUUAGCUGUUUACCGAGGUCAUGUAGGGCCAGUUUACAAAAUUGCAUGGUCUAUUGAUAACAAUUAUUUUGUUUCAUGUAGUCAUGAUAGUACUCUAAAGUUAUGGAAAGCAAAUCAUCUAAUUGCUUAUUUCAAGAAAGAAAAGGAAAAUUGCAAUGAUACAAAAAGUGUAAAAGAAGAAGAUGAAGAACAACAAAAAAAAAACAAAAAAAUUAAAACAUUAUUGGUAGACUUACCAGGGCACGCUGACGCCGUUUAUGCUAUCGAUUGGUCAAAUGAUGGAAAGUUUGUUGCGUCAGGAGGAAAAGAUAAAGUUUUAAAAAUUUGGUCUCACUAA